GUUUAUGGGAAAUUAUGGUGGGAAAUUAAAAUCCGAAAUCACAGUUCUGUAUUAAAAUUGCUAAAAGUAUGCCCAGGUCAGCGACCCGGGGUUAGGUGUAGUCGCUGAAGCAGAGAUAGGUGGGAUGAAUAACCUAGACGUCCACCCAAGAACGAUAUCCAGUCUGAAAAAGGCUAGAAUAACAGACCUGACAUCUCUCCUGAGUCGAUCAGCUCCUGACAUUGAAAGAGCCACUCAUUUGUCUUUAAGUGAUGUCAAAGCAGUUCAGAGAGAGGCUGCCCUUGCAGUGACACGUCGUCCUCUUACAAAUGCAUUGGAUAUGUAUAAUAAUGUUUGCCCCCAAGAGAUGCGAAGACACACCCUGAGUUUAGGUUGCAAGAUAUUGGAUGGAACGUUGCAAGGAGGAUUUCAAUCCCAGGGUAUUACGGAGAUUGCAGGAGAGAGUGCUAGUGGGAAGACCCAACUAUGUAUGCAGCUUUGUCUUACUGUACAACUACCAACUAGUCAAGGUGGACUCGAAGGAGGUGCGGCUUAUAUUUGUACAGAAGAUGUAUUUCCCAAUAAACGAUUGGUCCAGAUGAUUCAGCACUUUGGGAGGACAACAGCAUCCAAGAUUAACUUUGGGGAUAACAUUUUUAUAGAGCACACAUCUGAUAUGGACAGCUUAUGGUACUGUUUAAAGACCAGGGUUCCUGCUCUUCUUAACAGAUUCAACAUAAAAUUAAUUGUCAUUGACUCUGUCGCAGCCUUGUUUAGGUAUGAAUACAGUUUGAACCAGACAUUCGAGAGAUCUAAAAAGUUGAGUUUGUUUGGGGCCUAUCUGCACAACCUCAGCUGUAAGCAUAAUAUUCCUGUGGUCUGCAUCAACCAGGUGACAGAAAAUAUGAAUGGUUAUACAACAAAUGGUGCUAUAAAGAAGACUCUGCCAGCGUUAGGACUGACCUGGUCCAACUUGGUGACUACAAGGAUUGUUCUAUCAAGGACCCCACACACACUAACAGUUGGACAUUCUGACAAUUCAGGUGAUUGUAUAGAGAAAUAUGAGACUCCUGUGAGAGCAAUGGAAAUCAUAUUUGACUCACACCUCCCCAACAAUGUGUGCCAUUAUGUAAUUGAUCAAGAAGGUGUGAAGGGUAUAAGUUGAUAUUUUGUGACUAAUGCUUGGAUAUAUAUGUGGUGAUGCACAUGGUUUUGGGCACAAUUAACAGUGGAUUUACUGGUAAGAGUAAUGGAGAAUCAUAUUUGAC